AUGGCAGACGAUGAGGUGAUACCACGCAGGAGCCUCGAGUUUGCCGAGAGCUCAGUGCUGGAAGCUGUGGUGCCUGCGAGUUCCGACAUCGACAUCAAGAGCGAGAUCGACUCUUGGGAUGGUGCAGCAGACGACAAUGGUUCCAUAUUGCCGUUCCUAGCACAACGAAAUGUGCUACUUCUCGUGUACUUCCAACCCACGGCCUCCUUCAAGCCAGAAGAAAAGCCUCAAAAAGACGCGUCAGAGGAUGACUAUCUCCCAAGUGGCGUACCCACACCCUUAAACCUGCUGCAGUCAUUCGAGAAUGAUCCCGCUCUUGUCGGUGUCCAUCCACGACUCUCAGCAAUGCGUAUCAGCAAGGUCACUCCAACUGCCCCUGCUGCAAAGGAAAUGGCUCGACCGAUUCGAAACGGACAAAGACCACUAUUUCGUGUGCUGCCGCCUUUGAUAUGGAGGAUACGUUAUUCGAGGAUUCAAGCAUCAAUAAGCGACCUGUCUUUGAUGGCCUCUCUAGAUCUGGAAGUCGCUCAAUUCGCUACCUACGACGUCAGAAUCAAAAAGGUCAGCCUGGCUUUGCAUGGAGGCAAGGUUCAAGAGUUGAACGAAGAGCUGGAUACCACGACGAGCCACAAACCUGGUGAUCAGCUAACGUUUCUGUACAAGAUCCGGCCUGAUAUUGGUACCGAUGGAACACCAGCACUCGGGAGCAAGGGUCAUUACUUAACGUUGAAUGUUGAGGCAAAUGUCACAAUGUCCGAUCAUUGCCACCCAGACAUUGCUAUCGAGUGGAAGACACCCGUUGACUUUCCGUCAGAACAGGCGCUCAACUUGGCCAGGGCUAGUCGGCCGAGUAGCUCUACAACACAGAGCGCGAACGCAGCCAAUCCCGACGCCCUUGUCACUCAAGAUGCCCAAGAUCAACCCGAACAGGACGCUUCACACAACGACGUCAAUGUCACUCUGACAGUGUCUGGGCCGCCGAGUGUCAAGGUUGGCGAGAUCUUCACGUGGGAUGUGUUUAUAGUCAACCGAUCGGACAAAACGCGAAGGCUGGCAGUUCUGGUCAUCGCGAAAAGACCGAGAGACUCGGGGAAGCACAAAUCACAUCCAUCCGUCUCUUCUGUAGGCCGACCUCGAGCGGACAAGAAAGAGUUGUUUGGGACAGCGGUCGUUGACGAAAAUGUCGUGUACGCUAAGCAAAAAAGUGCGAGAACCGAUACGGCGGACUUGAUCUGCUUGACAACUGACAUACGGCUCGGGCAACUCUCACCCGGCUCCUGCUACACAGCCGACCUCAAGUUUCUUGCGCUUUCGGCAGGAGUAUUGUUCGUGGAAUCGAUACGAGUCGUCGAUCUGGUCAGCAACGAAGCUGUCGAUAUACAUGAUUUACCAAGUAUUGUUGCUGUAGCCUCGUGA